CUUCUUGUUCGCUUACUCAUUCUCGGCUGAAUCAUAUGGUCUUGAUAAAGAUUAAAGACGCAAUUUAUUACGAAAACAGAAAAGUUACGGUCAGUGAGGCGACUGGCGACUACCGACUGUACUACUGUAGAGACUAUUCGAUUAGUGUGACUGUGUGAGAGGUAGAGUGUGCAGGUUGUUCAGUGUUUUUAGCUCACGGUUUUUGAUAGUCCAUAGCUACUACGAAUCAUCAUGUCUUACGCGUACCUGUUUAAAUACAUCAUCAUCGGAGACACAGGAGUGGGCAAAUCGUGUCUCCUGUUGCAGUUCACUGACAAGAGAUUCCAGCCCGUCCACGACCUGACCAUUGGCGUUGAAUUUGGUGCACGUUUGGUGGCUAUUGAUACCAAACCCAUAAAGUUGCAAAUAUGGGAUACAGCUGGCCAAGAAGCUUUCCGAUCUAUCACAAGAUCUUAUUAUCGUGGUGCAGCUGGUGCAUUAUUGGUUUAUGACAUCACUCGUCGAGAUACUUUCAAUCAUUUAACGACUUGGUUAGAAGACGCUAGACAACAUUCCAAUUCCAACAUGGUCAUUAUGCUAAUUGGCAACAAAAGUGACUUGGAAGCGAAACGAGAAGUCAAGAAAGAAGAAGGUGAAGCAUUUGCUCGAGAACAUGGAUUAGUUUUUAUGGAAACAUCUGCUAAAACUUCUGAUAAUGUAGAAGAAGCCUUCAUAAACACUGCUAAAGAAAUAUAUGAAAAAAUUCAAGAAGGAGUAUUUGAUAUCAAUAACGAGGCAAAUGGUAUUAAAAUUGGACCCCAACAUUCAACCGGUAACAACAGUAUACCCGGCGGAAAUAAUCGAUCUAAUAGCAAUGGUUGUUGUUAACUAGUUUUGAAGUUCAACUAAAUAAUAUUAAAUUGGCAAUUUUGAUAUUAUUGUUUUUUUCCACAUGGGUUAUACUUCUUUUUUUUGAGUGAAUUGUAUUCAAUAUUUAUAAAUAGACCAAGCUCUAUAUCAUUGAAAUUAGUGUUGCGAAUAUAUCUAUUUGUAUAAUUAUAUUACUUAUUGGUACUUAUAUAAUGGAUGUUUGGUUGUAAAAGAGUUUUAAUUCAUAAAUGUAUAACCCAUAAAUGAUUAAAACCCAUAAUAUUA